AUGAGCAGUCACAGCAAUAUGCACACACUCGACAUCCACUCGGCCACUACAGAAGACAUCCUCUCGCUCGACAACAUCCGCGCCGUGCUCAUCCGUCUCGAAGAGACCAUCGUCUUCCAGCUCAUCGAGCGAGCACAGUUCGCACGCAAUGCCAAGUGCUACCUGCCAGAUGGGUUCCCCGAACUGAAGCAACGCGAAGGCUGGAACAGCUCCUGGCUGGCAUGGUUCUUGAAGGAGACUGAAAGUACCCAUGCCAAAGUACGACGUUUCGAAGCUCCGGACGAAUACCCUUUCACAGACCCAAAGCUGCUUCCUAAGCCAGUUCUUGCACCAGUCACCUACCCAGAGCUGCUCUGGAAGCACUCCGUCAAUGUCAAUGACCAGAUCCUGAAGUUUUACGUCGACUCGAUCGUUCCUGAUAUCACGAAGACCCUCGGAGAGAAUGCUGACGAUGGACACUACGGCUCUUCGGCAAUCCGAGACAUCGAGGUGCUAUCCGCCUUGAGUCGAAGGAUCCAUUUCGGAAUGUUCGUGUCCGAGUCCAAAUUCCGCGCAGAACCCGCGGCUUUCAUCCCACACAUCCUCAACCCCAACCGCGAAGCACUCGCCGGGCUCAUCACGAAACCGGCGGUAGAAGCGGCGCUCCUUGUCCGCCUGGCCGAAAAGGCAAAAGUGUACGGCCAAGACAUGGACCGUCCAGGUGCCAAUGCGGAGGAGCGCGAGAAGGAGCGCAAGAUCGAAGUCGAGACGGUCGUGGACAUCUACAGGUCCUUUGUCAUUCCGCUGACCAAGGAAGUCGAGGUGGAUUACUUGUUGACCAGGUUGGAGGGGGUGGAGCAGGAGAAGAUCGAUGAGAUGGCGAGGACGAACAAGUUUGUAAAGUAG